AUGGUUUUCUUUCUCCCAAAUGAGAUUUGGAGUCAGAUCUUUUCCCACUUCAAGGUGGUUCUAUAUGGCCUUCACCGCGACCUUGAGCCCCUCAAAACCCUCACCGCACUGAGUCUUGUAAGCCGACGAUUCCACGAUCUGGCCCAGACUCCACUAUACCAAACAGUUCUACUUUGGGGAAUAAAUGAUUACUACUCUGAGGACCACCAUGGCCCGCAUUUUCACCUCGCUAAAGCCCUCGCCAACAACCCUCAGCUUGGCUUGUCUACCCGGGAGAUUUCCCUCACUCAUGGAAAUCUACCAAGCAAACAUAAUCUAAUGUCUUUUCUUGGAGAUCAAAUUGAGUCGCCAAACAUCUCUUCAGAGUUUAUCGAUCUACUGAAACGCGAUAUCAUCUUUGGAUGGAGAGGAUCUGGCGUUGCAAGUUUCCUCCUUGCGUUGAUGCCACGUGUGCGAUUGGUGGAACUCUACUUCUACAAAGAACCAUCCAUGUCAUUACCAUAUAUUCUUGGUGGACGGCUCAGCUACAACUCGGGCGAGCCACAUACCGUUGCAAACCAUCUGCACCAUCUACAAGAGCUUCGCAUCACGUCUGCGCAGGCGCAAACCUGGCUGGAAGUUUUUACGGUCUCUGCCGGGAGCCGUAGUCUGGCCCGCCAAACUCCUUACAUAGACUGGAACGUGGACUUGAACGAGUUCGGAGACGUUCUUAGGGAGUUGGGUCAAAACUUGGUCAAGCUCGAGCUUGUCACGCGGUCUUACCGACACGUUCUGGGUCUGGAUGUAAGCGGCAAGGUCGGGUCUCUUCAGAGCUUGAAAUCUCUCAAGCAUCUCUCAAUCUCCAGGAACGACUUUGUUGGUGCGGAGGACGACCCGACCACAAUCCCUCUGGUCGAAGCUUUACCCACAUCAAUUGAGGUUAUGGACUUUAGGGAAGAUGUCACCGAUUCUCAGAUGCGCCAGGCAGAAUACGGGUACGAAAAGAUGCAUGACGAGAUUUAUGGCUUGGCAGUUGGUGGUCAGUUCCCCGGCUUGCGUAAAAUAACGCUGUUUCGGCGUGGAAUUCCUACAAAACAUAGAUUCCAGAGGGAGGUUCCUGGGUGGGAUGUUGAGGACAUGCCCCCCUGCGUUAACGGUCCAUUAUGGGAAGCAUUGAAACACCCGUAUUAUACAUACCUGACGCUAUAUAUGCAGCGAAGGGACGAUGGCUCUGAAGGGGUGCAGGAUAGCUGA